CUUCGCCCUUACCACGCCGCCUUCGAAGGGAGAGCAUAGCCUGCAUUCUGACAGCACGACACGCUCAUUGGGACACACGGGAUCCCAAGGAUAGACAUCAGAUCUACUUAGCACCUGGUCGAAGGUGCACAGGCACGCGCAGUCACUUCUCUUUCGCUCGGUGCGCCCAAUGGCGAGAUCAACAAGCAAGAUGGCACUACAACGGUCCAGGAUGGGUUACACGGCACUCCUACUGGGCAGCCUCAUAGCAUCUGCACGGGCACAGGCCGACAAUGCGUUUGAGAUUGUUGGCAAUUCCGGUGCGUCAGCCCAGCAAGUGUUCCUUCUCGAUGUCAACACGGUCAUGGUCGUCGACAAGACUGAAGGCAACGGCAAUGCUGAUAUGGUACAAAGCGACGGCAAUCCCGCUUGGGCAACGACAUACGAUCUAAGGACAAACACAUACAAACCCUUGGAUGUCACUACAAACAGCUUCUGCGCCGGUGGCUCUGUGCUCGGCAAUGGGACAUGGCUGAACGUCGGCGGCAAUCAGGCUAUCCGGGCGGGUGGACUGAAUUCAGUACCCGUCAACACCGCAGCCACGCCGUACUUCGACGCCGAUGGAGGCCGGACGGUGCGAAUGAUGCAGCCAUGUACUGGCGGUGUCAAUUGUGCAUGGACAGAGCUCAUCGACUACAUGCCAACCAACCGCUGGUACCCCACACUUGAAACGCUUGGCGAUGGCAGUGUUAUCAUCAUCGGAGGUUGCUUGAAUGGAGCAUAUGUCAAUGAUGCCUCUCAAAAUGUCCCGACAUAUCAAUUUGUACCACCUCGCGGCGAUGGUACUCCCAUUGGUCUCAACAUUCUCACAACCACGCUACCGCUUAAUCUGUUCCCUCUCACAUGGCUACUACCGUCCGGCUAUAUUUUCAUCAACAGUCAGUACAGCAACGAGCUGCUCGAUGUUGAGAAUGCGAUCGAGCAUCCGAUAGCAGAUAUGCCACAUGGCGUCCGUGUCUACCCUGCGUCAGCGACGACCGUCAUGCUCCCGCUGACCCCGGCGAAUAAUUGGACUGCAACGCUGCUUUUCUGUGGCGGCAACAACUUGCAAGCCGACCAAUGGGUCACCACCUGGAAUAUUGCAGCAUAUCCUGCCAUGAACAGCUGCGUGCGCAUCACGCCAGAUGUCAGCGCCAACUUUGAAGAGGACGACGAUAUGUUGGAGAACCGCAUCAUGGGCAAUGGCAUCAUGCUGCCAGAUGGUCGUAUGGUCGUCCUCAACGGUAUCGGUGCUGGUACUGCCGGCUAUGGCAACAACAGCUGGUCUAUCGGACAGUCAUAUGGCUCGAUCCCCAUCUACGCGCCUGCGUACUAUAAUCCAGAGGCAGCCCUCGGCUCGCGCUGGACUCGCAGCGGCAUGUCCAACAGCACUGUUCCUCGCAUGUACCACUCUUCGGCCCUGUUGCUGCCCGAUGGCGCCAUCUGGUCUGCUGGAUCAAACCCCAAUGCGGACUUUGUCAGCUCUGGCACGACUGGCUAUCCAUGGGGAACUGAGUACAGAGUCGAGAACUUCCGUCCUGAUUACUACAGCAAGCCUCGUCCGUCAGUCACCGGCUUGCCGACAACGAUUGGCUAUGGCGGCAAUUAUAUCGACAUCACCAUGGCGGCGAACUCGUCGUCUGCCUCUUCACUCGCAGCGACCAAGGUAGUACUCAUUAGGACAGGUUUCAGCACGCAUAGCAUGAACAUGGGUCAGCGCUUUGUUCAGCUCAACAGCACUGCCACGCUCAAUGCCGACGGUACAUCGACGAUACAUACCUCGCAGCUGCCACCGAACCCGAAUGUGCUGCCGCCCGGACCUGCGCUCAUGUUUGUCGUCGUCAAUGGCGUACCCUCGAUCGGUGAGAUGGUCAUGGUUGGCAAUGGGCAGAUUGGCACACAACCUACCAAUGCCGUCGCAGAGCUGCCCAUGGGCAACAUUGCGAUCUCUGCUAGCACGAGCAGUGCAUCAGCCAGCAAUCCCACUAGCAGCGGUUCGACGAGCACCACAAGCAGCAGUACGGGCGCGGCAGCAUCAUCAUUACUCGAUGUCCGGACUACUCUCGUCACGUUGGCCAUGUCGCUCGUCGCGAUUGGCUUCACGAUGACGAUGUAAGAUUGCGACACGGCGGGCCCAUCUCAUCGGACUAGCUCUCACGGUAGCAGCUAAUGGACAUUUCUUUGCACGCUCCCAUCAUACUCGUUGUAUAGCCUAGACAAAUCCAUCUGUCCUCACGACCUUGCGGAUGCGCUCUGACUUUUUCUUG